UGACAACAAGCCUAUAAACAAAUAUGUUUUAUCAAUAACAUCAACCCUUCGUUUUAAAGAAAGUUUCAAGUUAUAACUGAAUAUAAGGUGUUGGUGAUUAAACGUAAACCAUGUCAUACAGGGAUCUGAGAAAUUUUAGCGAAGCUAUGCGCGCUUUGGGCUUCCCUCAACAAAUAUCCGUGGAAAGCUUCCGCAGCCCGAACUGGGCGCUGGUGGAGGAGUGCCUGCGCUGGCUGGCGGCGCGCGUGGAGCCCGACGCGGCGCUGGCCGGCGGCCGGGGCUCCGUGGAGCAGCGGGUGGCCAUGGUCACGCACGCCACGGAGCUGUUUCACUCUCGCGCCAACUUGACGCUGAACGGCAAGAAGCUGUACGGCGCGGACGGCUGGGCGGUGCGCGAGCUGCUGAAGGUGGCCGGCCUGCUGCGGGCGACGCUGCGUGCGCCGGCGGACGAGCAGCAUGCCGACGCCGACCCGCUGCUGUACGACGUCAGCGGCCGAGUCAGUGAGAUCAAACAAGCCCGAGCUCUGGCAACUGACAUCACCGCACAGGGAGCGUUCUUGUACGAUCUGCUGGCGAAAGAGCCGGAGAAUAAGGAGCAACGCGACAAGGCUCUCUCGCGGCCGCUGGACAUGUCGUCGCUGGAGGCGGCGCUGUCGCGUGCGCUGGCGGCGCUGGCGGCGCGCGUGGCGGCGCUGCGUGAGCAGAUCGACAGCGUGGCGUCCAGCGAGGCGGCGCUCGACGCCAAGCUGGAGCGGCGCCGCGCCGAGCUGCAGCGCGCCGAGAAGCGCCUGCACACCGUGCAGAAGAUCAAGCCGGCGUACCAAGGCGAGUUGACGGCCUUAGAGAUCGAGAUAGAAGAUCUGUGGGAGCAGUACGUGCUGCGCUACCGCUGCGUGGAGGCGCUGAAGCAUCAGCUCAGCCUGCUGGAGACGGCGCAGGCAGAGGCCGCGGAAGAGCAGCAAGCAGCCAUCAUGCAACUCAUCCACAAGUACGAAGCGGAAGAUGUACUGGGGAAACUGAGCGACUCUGACGAGUCGGAGUCGAGUGACGAGGGCAAGGAGUCCGCGAAGCAGCCGCGCCCCGCCACCAGGCCGAAGACCAGGCUGCGUAUCAAGACUGCGGGCGUGGGCCCGGACGCGCGGCACGCGUUCGGCAGCAUGCAGGCGCGCGACGAGCUGCGCGACCUGGACGACAGCUCCGACAGCGACCUCACCGACACGCAGCUCUACGCCGCAGGCGAGGGCGCGGGCGGCGGGCGCUGGUCGCGGCCGCGCCCCGCCACGCGCACGCUGGCGCCCGCCGACGACUACGCCGACCUCGUGCACGGCGGCAAGGCGGAGGGCUCGGAGGCGUCCGAGGGCUCGCUGGGCAGCUCCUCCGAGAGCGAGCUGCGCCUCACCAGCGCGCACCCCGGCCGCACCUCCGCGCUCAGCGACAACGAGUUCUAGCUCCCGCCAGAGUAAGUGGACUAACUAGCGCGUGCUCCACAGAAAAACUGGAGUUUAAAACACGCGACUUUAAAACAUCACUAUAGGUAUAUAUACAUUUUUAUAUUAAAACAAUAAAAACAUUAAAG